AUGCAGUUUGCUUCGCGCCCCGGUUCUUGUAAGUCACUUUGUGCGUCUAGUCGUGAAAGUAGAGUAGCUAAGAAAGCUUUAAAGAUUGCUCAGCUCCACGAGUAUCGGGUUAAGCCAGAGGUCGAGCUCCAGCGGGCACACAGCAAAACCGAGUUAGUCAAAAUUGAGCUAGAGGCCGAAGAGAACUCACGAGAUGAAGUCUGGGAACCAGUGGCCUCAAAUGAACGAGUCACGCGAUACGCCGAAGACCAAGAAAUGGAAACCUUCCAAUAUGUUGUUCGCGUAGAGGUCACGGUUAUGACUUGCAAAGAUCGGAUCUUGAUUUACAGGUGGUUCAUGCUCCUUGAAUUGUACUUGAAAGAAGAAAAGGAUGAAAGCGCUUCCUGA